GGGCCUGGAGCCGGGCCGGGGCCGCUGCCUCUUCCUCCUCCUCCUCCUCCUCCUCCUCCCCCCCCUCCUCCCCCCCCCGUCCCGCUGCCAGCUCCCCUUGGCAGCGCCCUGUGCUCGGCGCCCGGCAGCACCCCCGCCCCCCUCCCCGUGUCCCCCCCCCCCCCCUUUCCCCUGUCCCCCCGUCCCCCCCCCAGGGAACCCCGCUGCCCAGACAUGGCUCUGACUCCCGCUGUCGCCUCCCUCCCUCGCAGACCAGGAGAGCCCCGAUGAGAUGGCUGCGGUGAAGCCCGAGAAGGGCGAAGGCGAGGGCAGCAGCGACGGCAGCGCGGCCGGCGGCGAGGGCCAGGAGUCGCAGCCUUCCCCGCUGGCCCUGCUGGCGGCCACCUGCAGCAGGAUCGAGUCUCCCAACGAGAACUCCAACGGCUCCCAGGGCCAGCAGGGCGGGAGCAGCAGCGAGCUGGACCUGACGGCCGCCGCCGCCCAGAUCGCCCAGUCGGCCAACGGCUGGCAGAUCAUCUCCGCCGGCUCCAGCACGCCCACCUCCAAGGAGCAGGGCGGCAACGGCGGCGGCGGCGGCGACGCCUCCUCCAAAAGCCGGCCGGUGAGCGCGGGGCCGUACGUGGUGACGGCCGCCUCCAACCUGCAGAACCAGCAGGUGCUGACGGGGCUGCCGGGCGUCAUCCCCAACAUCCAGUACCAGGUCAUCCCCCAGUUCCAGACCAUCGACGGGCAGCAGCUGCAGUUCGCCACCGCCCCCGCGCAGGUGAACGUGCAGCAGGAUGCCUCCGGGCAGCUCCAGAUCAUCCCCGGCGCCAACCAGCAGAUCAUCACGAGCCGAGCGGGGACGGGCAACCUGAUCGCCAUGCCCAACCUGCUGCAGCAGGCCGUCCCCAUCCAGGGCGUGGGCCUGGCCAACAGCACCCUCUCGGGGCAAACCCAGUACGUGGCCAACGUCCCCGUGGCCCUCAACGGCAACAUCACCCUGCUGCCCGUCAACAGCGUGGCCGCCAGCCUGGCCCCCACCUCGCAGACGGUCACCCUGAGCGGCUCGGGCUCGCCGGACAGCAGCUCGCAGCCGGCCGCCUCGGGCGCCGCCGCCGCCGCCAUCAGCUCGGCCAACGGCGCCACGUCCCACGCCAGCUCCGGCUCCUUCUUCACCACCGCCAACAGUUACUCCGCCACCACCACCACCAGUAACGUGGGCAUCAUGAAUUUCUCCACCGGCGCCGCGGUGGGGACCAACGUCCAGGCGCAGCCGCCGCAGAGGGCCGGCAGCGUGCCCAGCUCGGACUCCCUGCAGAGCCCGGUCUCGGGGGUGGCGUUGCAGCCGGGGCAGCAGAAGGAGGGCGAGCAGAGCCAGCAGCAGCAGCAGCAGCAGCAGCAGCAGCAGAUCCUGAUCCAACCGCAGCUGGUCCAAGGGGGGCAGACGAUCCAAACCCUGCAGACCGCCCCGCUCUCCAGCCAGACCUUCGCCGCUCAAGCCAUCUCGCAGGACGCCCUGCAGAACCUGCAGCUCCAGGCCGUGCCCAACUCGGGGCCCAUCAUCAUCCGAACGCCCACGGUGGGGCCCAACGGGCAGGUGAGCUGGCAGACCAUCCAGCUCCAGAACCUGCAGGUGCAGAACCCCCAGGCGCAGACAAUCACCUUGGCCCCCAUGCAGGGAGUUUCGCUGGGCCAGACGGGCAGCACCAGCACCACGCUCACCCCCAUCGCCUCCCUCCCCAGCGGCACCGUCACGGUCAACGCCGCCCAGCUCUCCUCCGUGCCAGGCCUCCAGACUAUUAACCUCAGUGCCUUGGGAGCGUCUGGGAUCCAGGUGCACCAGCUGCCGGGGCUGCCGCUGGCCAUCGCCAACGCUGCCGGUGACCACAGCGCCCAGCUGGGCCUCCAUGGCGCCAGCGGGGACGGGCUGGGCGACGACAACGCGGCGGUGGAGGAAGGAGAGACCAGCCCGGACCCCCAGCCCCAGCAGGGCCGCAAGGUGCGGAGGGAAGCCUGCACUUGCCCCUACUGCAAGGACAGCGAGGGAAGGAGCUCUGGGGAUCCGGGUAAAAAAAAGCAGCACAUCUGCCACAUCCCGGGCUGCGGCAAGGUGUACGGCAAGACCUCGCACCUGCGGGCUCACCUGCGGUGGCACACGGGCGAGCGGCCCUUCAUCUGCACCUGGAUCCUCUGCGGGAAGCGCUUCACCCGCUCCGACGAGCUGCAGCGGCACAAGCGCACGCACACGGGGGAGAAGAAAUUCGCCUGCCCGGAGUGCCCCAAGCGCUUCAUGCGGAGCGACCACCUCUCCAAGCACAUCAAGACCCACCAGAACAAGAAGGGAGGCGCGGCCAACAGCGUGGCCAUGAACGUCUCCGCCGUCCCCAUGGACACGGGGGCGGCCGCGGAGGGCAACGGCGGGCCCACCCCCUCGGCCCUCAUCGCCACCAACAUGGUGGCCAUGGAAGCCAUCUGCCCCGAGGGCAUCGCCCGCCUGGCCAGCAGCGGCAUCAACGUCAUGCAGGUGGCCGACCUCCAGUCCAUCAACAUCAGCGGCAACGGCUUCUGAGGGCCCGGGCGGGACGCGGGCACCGGCGGCGGCGACGGCGCCGGGCGGCGCGGGGCCGAGAGGCGAGCGGGGACGGAGCCGGCGGCGGCGACGCUCAGCGCGGGGGCGACGUCCGGGCGCGCCCCCCCCCCCCCCCCAGCACUAUAACGCCCAGCUCCUCCUCCCCGGGAUCGCAGCCCUCCGUGAGCUGGCCGACCUCCGGGGCCCGGCGACCACACACGAAGGCCAGAGCUAUAUAUAUAUAUUUUUUAAUUUCGGCUUGACCCUCUUAUUAUUAUUAUUUUCCCUCCCCCCUGCCCUCCCUCCGCCCCCUCCCCGAGGUCCGUCUGCCCCUCCGUAGCUAGCCUUCGAUGCCAUCAUGCCUUUGGUAAAAGCAUACGAUCGUUGGGAUACAUUUUUAGCAAAAAAAAAAAAAAAAAGAAAAGAAAAAAAAAACACAAAAAAAAAAAAGAGGGAGAAAAAAAAAAAGAAAGAAAAAAGAUUCUAUAUUAUUAUUAUAUAUAUAAAAAUAUAAAAUGUCUUCGUUUGAGAGAGGAGAGGUUUUGCUGCGACCAUGGCUUGGUCCCUUUGAUGCCUUAUCUCGGAACAGGUUGACCCUCUGGGGCGGUUCGGACAGUGCCCGAGCCGCGGCUCAGACCCGACGUUACCUUCAUUGUAACCUUAAAAAGAG